CAGACCCGCGGGCAGCGGGAAAGGAACGGGAAGGAGGUGCCGGAAAAGGGUGCCGCAGUCCCGGCUCCUGCUACAGGCGGAGACUCAGUGCUCAUGAGGAACUGUCACCGCGCAGGAGGGCGCGGCCGGAGCGGGACCGGACGCGAAAGCCGCAAAGAGAGGCGCGGACUGAGGGGGGGGGGCGAGCCCGGCCCCGCUCGGGAGAGGCGGAGCCGCCGCGCGCGUCCCAGAGACACGGCCGGGAAAGCGCCUCGGCAGCGUCUCGCGGCCGAGCCCGUGCGGGGGGAGAGGAGAGGCCGCUGGGCGGGGACAGGGCGCGAGACUCCGCCUGCUGCAGAAGUCCUCAACCAGGUCGGCUCCAGAGAAAUAAAGGGCCACCGGGGGCGGUUGAUGGCGUGGACAGGACAGCAGCAGAUAGAGGCGCGAUGUCUGGCCGGGGCAAGGGCGGCAAGGGGCUCGGCAAGGGCGGCGCCAAGCGCCACCGUAAAGUGCUGCGCGACAACAUCCAGGGCAUCACCAAGCCGGCCAUUCGCCGUCUGGCUCGGCGCGGUGGCGUCAAGCGCAUCUCGGGGCUCAUCUACGAGGAGACGCGCGGCGUGCUCAAGGUGUUCCUGGAGAACGUGAUUCGCGACGCCGUCACCUACACGGAGCACGCCAAGAGGAAGACGGUUACGGCCAUGGACGUGGUCUACGCGCUCAAGCGCCAGGGUCGCACCCUCUACGGCUUCGGCGGCUAAAGCCUUGCGCUCCCUCCCACCGGCCCAUCGCCACCAAAACCCAAAGGCUCUUUUAAGAGCCACAUA